GAAAUUUCCAUGGAAACAGUUUAAUAUUCGAAGUAUGAAAAUGGUAGAUUAGCUGGACAGGUCAAUGAAAUUUAGUAAAAGGUCAAUUAGUUAACCUAACUGCGAAUAUUUGACGAUGGAUAACUCUCACAUAAAAGAGGAUCUGUUCUUUUUAGAAGAUGCAUCAAUUGAACCAGAUAGUGAUGAUGACUUCAAAUAUGAGGAGGUUACUACAGAUUACGUAUCUGAUAACGAAGUGGAUGAAGAUUUCGAAACUGCUUUUCGAACAUCUAAUAAAAAGGAAACCACUAGUUCAGAAGAGCUGCACAAUGAAGAUAAUGUUGAUCCAAAGGCUGAAGUGGUGGAAGAUUUCAUUCAAAACUUUCUUGCAAGAAUGGAUAUGAAGAGAACCUUCGACUGUUUUCAAACUGAAUGGGAGGAAAUAAAGAAAAAGGGUCUUUUAAAGCAAAACGAUUUGAAUGGUGUUGCUGAUUGUUAUAUAAGAAAUCAACAGUUGCACGAUGAAAUUAGUUCGUUAAAGAAAGAUCUAAAAAGAUUCCAAGAUGCUGCGCAGCGAGCAAAAGAUACACACCUUAAACUGAGAAGAGAACGCGAUCAUCAUAGAAUGCAUCAUAAAAGAGUUAUACAAGAGAAAGAUCAACUAAUUACAGACAUCAAAAGGUUGAGACAGCAUUAUCAAUUAUAUGAACCAACUUUAAAAGCACUAAGAUACAAGUAUGAGGCUGCCAUGAAGGAGAAAAUGCUGACCAAGUUAGAACGGGAUCGUGCUGUUGCGCAGAUCGAAGGCCUUCAAUCGGUGCAAUUAGUAAGUUUCGAAUGUGCCAAAGGGAAAUCUUCUGAAAAUAUACUAUCAAGUGAAAAGUCUUCCGACGGCGAAAAGGCCGGGAUUUCUCAGAAGAAUGCCAAGGAUUCGGAAUUCCCUCCAGACAAGGGUGUUAAUCCAUUUUUGUCAAAGCAACGAAUACCUUGUGUUCAUCUUACACGAAGUGGUGGGUAUAGAUUGACAAACACGAUCGAAGCACAUUCUUUAGCUGUGAGUGGGUUUGCGUUGCAUCCAAAAAAGCAGAUUUUAGCCACAGUGAGUGAUGAUAGAACAUGGAAACUGUGGUCUCUUCCAGAGGGUGACGUUGUGAUGACAGGUGAAGGACACACAGACUGGUUGUCCGAUUGUGACUUUAACCCCCUGGGUACAAAACUGGUAACAACAUCUGGUGAUACGACAGUGAAAAUAUGGGAUUUCGCCGAAGAGCGAUGCGUUGUUUCAUUUGAUGGCCACACCCAUCCUGUGUGGGGAUGUAGUUGGCACAGUGGUGGAGAUUUUGUUGCAACAUGUGCAAUGGAUGGUACUUCAAAAAUAUGGGAUCUAAACAGCUUACGUUGUCGAAGCUCACUUCGUGGUCACACUGAUUCUGUAAAUAGCAUUGAAUUCCUUCCCUUCUCCAAUACGUUAUGCACGUGCUCGGCUGACAAAACUAUCGCUAUAUGGGAUGCUCGAACGGGCUUGUCGGCUCAAACUUUGCAUGGUCACGUACAUUCAAUUAAUCAUGUUACAUUUAAUACGCAAGGAGACUCGUUAGCUUCUUGCGAUGCGUAUGGCGUUGUCAAACUUUGGGAUAUCAGAAACUCGUCUGUCUCGACAACUAUCGACAUGGGCCCUCAUCCUGUUAAUCGAGUGGCGUUUGAUCCAGGUUCAUCGGUAGUAGCUGCUGCCUCGAAUGAUGGUGUUGCCAAGAUAUACGAGAUCAGUACAGGUCACAUCACGCCUCUUUCCCCUCAUGACGAUGCCGUACAGACAGUAUUGUUCGAUCGAAAUGGUGAAUACAUGGUUUCAGGUAGCUCAGACUCGACUGUCAAAGUAUGGUCAUAAAGCUACGAUCGGCAACUGUCUCGUGCAACUUUUUAAACGAAUGCUGUUUUUUCAUUUUUUACAUAUAGCAUUUAUUAAUAGCAAGUUUUUAUUCAAAAUUGCUCAAUUUUUUCCAGCUUUUAAUAAAGUAAGAAGAAUUCCACGAAAUUAACAGUUUCAUAGUAUUGUCUGUUUAAGUCAAGUCUACAAUACUACUAAUUGAUUACUUCAAACGCAUUAAUUUUCGCGUAUUAUUUUAGGUCCUAAACAUGUGUUUCGCGUGUUUCAAAUUUUCACGUACCUGGGAACUCAAAUAGCAUCUUUGUGCGUGUUUGUUUGUUUCUAAAUCUUGCCCAUACAUUAUGAAUAAGGUAGUUUGAGGUAGAUAGUAACAACGUUUAAAAUAAUUGUCGAAAUAUAUAUUUUUACAAAAGUACCAGUUAACAAAUGAGACUUUUUCCUUACCUUUCUUAUGGACGAAAUGAAGUUAUGGAAAUAGAACAGUUAUAUAUAGUUAGAAGGAAAGCGUAGCCUUUAAACUUUAAGCCAUAUGCAAAAACGAAAAAUUCUUAAACUUAUUUCUAAGCUCUUCAAUAUUAGUUACUUCCAUGCAGUUCAAUCCAGUAAAUGAU